AUGAAAUGUUCAGUUUGUAAAAUUGACAAGUUAACAAAUGAGUUCCCACCAACAACUGUUACCGAAAGAUGCAAUCAUAUAUCCACCUUGUGUUUGCGGUGUCUCGUUACAAAAAUCAAUAAUCAGAUAAAAGAACCGCAAACGCCCUCAAGUAGCUCCUCUCAACCUUCGAGAAAUUCUGGAAUUCGUUGUGUAGAAUGCGAAACUCCAAUGAGUGAAAAAACUGCCCAAGAUGGCGGAUAUAUAUACGUAGUGCUACUGAAUGGACAUAGAAUUAAAUUGGAGCUGGCAAAAGUUGCUACGGUACCGGCAUUACGAAGACAGAUUCAAGAACAUCUUAAUCAUCGUUAUGGAAUGCUAAUAAUCUCUAUCGUUGUAACACAGGAUCUUGAUAAUCGUCAAGCAAGAAAAUUAUCAGAUUAUGGUAUUCGUAACAAUAGCUAUAUACAACUGAUUGUUGUCCUUUAUUCUAUUUCCAAAGCAGAAGCUAUUCGAUCUUUGAUAUUUGAAUUGAAUUGGGGCUUUCCAGACAGAGGACAAGAUUAUCUUGAUGGCACAUGUAUGGUCUAUGCUGGAGCUGAACCUCUCAUGAAAUAUGACUAUAUGUCUAUUUAUUAUCCAAAAUUUCCACAUAUGAGACAUUAUGGUGAUAACAUCGAUGCCGUAAAUUCAAGAGGAAACCACAAAAUCACCGCGAAACUCCAUGAGCUUCCCGAGCAUGUCACACAUCUUUACUUUAUUUUGAGCGCAUUUCAGUCCAAUACUAUCGGCGAGUUUAAAACGCCUAACUUUAGAUUGUAUGAUGAAUCGCAACCAGAUAAACAAUUAUGUACUUACACCAUUCAAGAUGCCUCCGAUUCCCAAGCGGUAAUAAUGUGUUGCGUGUCGCGUGUAGGGAAUGGAAUGUGGCAUGUAAUCGAAGUUGGUAAAUUAACAAUUGGCAAUGCUAAUGAUUAUGAUCCGAUUAUGAUUUCUAUUUCAGAAGUAGGAUUAGCGUAA